CCUAUACCCGCUAAUCCAUGUAUAAAUUUUAUAAAGACAGCUCAAACUUUAUUGUGAUAUCUACGCAAGACGCACGAGAAAUCCUUAAAUUGCUCCUAAAACACUUCCACACUUCUCUAUAUAUAUAUCAUUUUCUUUAUGCAUAGAAAUUUGUCAAUAUUCUCUUCUUUCUCUCUUUCAUCAAAACUUUUAAGCUCCAUUGAUGCAUUUCCGUAUCUUAAUAACUAAGUAAGUAAUAGUGCUCAAAAUUAAGAUGACAGAGAAUAUUAAUAAUGAUAAGGUGGCUAUUAUAUCUGAGCUACCUAAAUCAAUUAGUUGGUUAAAAGAUGGUGUAACCUUAUACCAAACCCAACAAACAUCAUAUUAUGGAUAAUGAUCAACACCCUUUGCUCACCACAAACCCACAUCAUCUCGUGUCUUCUUUAGAGCACAACAUUUAUGCCCAUCAUAAGCCCUAUGACUUGGCCACUAUGUCAAGCCCUCGUUUGAUCUCUACACAUAUUCCCUAUGCAUCUUUAAACAACACUAUUAAGCAUGAUUCCAAGUCUCGAAUUGUUUACAUUACUCGAAACCCUCUUGAUGCCAUAGUCUCUACUUGGCAUUUUUCGACGAAUGGACACCCGGGUGGCCACUCGCAGCACGAGUGGGGUAUGGAAGAGUGUGUGGACAUGUUUUGUAGAGGUGAGGCUUGCUUUGGGCCAUUUUGGGACCAUGCUUUAGGGUAUUGGAAAGUUAGUUUGGAGACACCUGAGAAAGUGUUGUUUUUGAAGUACGAGGAUUUGAUAGAAGAUAGUGUUGGUCAAGCCAAAAGUGUUGCAAACUUUAUUGGGGUUCCUUUCUCACAAGAAGAAGAGGCUAAUGGAGUUGUUGAGAAAAUAUUAGAGUUGUGUAGCUUUGAUAAAUUGAAGAAUUUGGAUGUAAAUAAACAUGGCCAACUUUGGCCUAAGUGUGAUAACAAAAGUUUCUUUAGAAAAGGGCAAGUGGGUGAUUGGGCUAAUCAUCUUAGUCCAUCAAUGGUGGAGCGUGUGAACAAGAUAAUGAAAGAGAAGUUCAAUGGUUCUGGUCUAUCAUUUAGAAUGUCUUAGGUGGAUUUUUUAUUUUCCCAUCUUAAAUUAAUAUAUGAGAUGAGAAUAAUAUUUACCACAAUGUCAUAUGAAUUAUGGUAAUCAUGUGUUUGUUUAGUUGCCUUCUUAUGUUUAUUAAUUAUUUGAUGUGUAUGAAUGUCAAAUUAAUUAUAUCAGUUUGGUAAUUAUUAUUA